UCCUAAAAUUCCGACAACGCUCUUAUAACACCCGACAUUCCGACUUAACCCAGAAAAAAUAAAAUAAAAUGCGAAACACGUAGUAUUUAACCAGACGAAUCUUCAAAUUUUUUUCCCCCACUAUCCAUCGUAUUUUGGUAAAAUAUUUUCAACGAUCGACUAGAUUCAACUCACUCAUAAACCAAUUAAGGGCCAAACUAAAGAUCUAUCAUCCAUCUAAGUACAUCUCAAUUCCAAAAAUUUCAAGUCACCACUCACUCACCCACCUUCCAUUCUCUUCUCAUCUUCACAACUUCAUCACUUCCAUCAAUAUACCAAUUUCACCCGAUUCUCCAAGUGUAAAACCCAAAACCAAUCCCAUCUUCAUGACCACUUACCCUAAACAACCACGCAAACACACUAUAAAACAAACAAACAAACCCACCCAAAUUUACAAACACACAAUCCAAUUCCCCACAGAAGAAAAAAAAAGAUGGCCAAAACCGGCGUCGUUCUGGGGGCGGCUCUGCUGCUGCUGCUGCUUCUCCUGGCAAUUACGACGCUAGGCGCCGACGCCAGAACGUGCGGGGUCGACGUCCCAGGCGUGGCGGACGAAUGCACGGACUACGUGAAGAAAGGGUCGAAGCAGCGGGACCCGUCGCCGCAGUGCUGCACCGCCAUCGGCGGCGCCGACAUCAACUGCGCGUGCAAGAAGCUGCUGACCCCCGAGGUGCAGUCGCUGCUGGACAUGAACAACCUCGUCUACGUCGGCAGGAAGUGCGGGAUCUCCAUCCCCAAGGGGACCAAGUGCGGCGAUUUCGUCGUCAAUAAUUGAAGGGCUUCGUCGUUAGAAGUUGGUGGACGGGGUGAAGGGAUCUGUGGUAAAAGAUAGAUAUACACGUCGUCGUGUCAUGGAUUAUUGUUAUUGUUGUGUAAUAUAAGUCCGUGCGAAUGUACGUAAAUAAUUACACGCACGUUGAUGAUCAGAUGCAUGGAGUAAAUUAUUUAAUCAUAAAUAAUUUGACAAGGUUAUAUUGUCUUAAUACAUUAAAUUGAGAAUUUUAGGGUAAAUACUAAAAGUAAACCCAAUCCUUCAAGGACUUGAUUCUAUGUGGGUUUUUGGACAUGAAGAAGAUCGAUCUCAGCAUCUUCGGGUCUUUAUUCGUCUGCAACCCGUUUACAAAGCAAUGGAUCGUCCUUCUUUUGAUGUCCAAAAGGAAAAUUCGACGACGAAGAUCUUAUGAAUUUGUGGCAAGGUUGGUUUGUGAAUCCCGUUCUAAUUACGAGCUUGAUCUGGGAGAUGACCAAGUAGUUGUUUAUCCUCAUGAGUACCGGUUCAGGGUGGUAUGCAUGUACAAACAUGAGAAUGGCGUACGAAAUUGCACAUAUUUUAUUCGGAGUCUGGAGAAUGGACCUGUUACGAGAUAGGGCCAUCGUAGCAUUUCGUAGGAGACUGGGCUUGCGUAUCUUUAGUAUUUUAUUAUUAGUACACUAUUGGGCUUUUAUUAUUAUUGUCUUUAUUAUUGUUUUCCUUGUUCGUAUAGGAUUUGAUUAUUUGUUGGUAAUAUCCUUAGAGGUUUAGGAGUCAUAAUCUAGAUAGGUAAAGGUAGAGGCUUUGUUCCUAUAAAUAUGUACUUGUUUCGUUCGGUUAAUGAUAAGAAGAUUGGAACCCAAUAGUUAGCUUUUGUUCUUUAUUUGCUAUUUCCUUUCCUUUGAGAGUUCUUUGCGUUUUAUUCCUUUUAUGAGAAAACCCUAAAAUCGCCAUCCCCUACGUCACAUCACCGUAACAGGACCAAGAAGGAUCUUGUUCUCGAGCAGGGGCGGACCCAUGCAUUAGCAAGGUGUGUUAACCGACACACCUUGGCUCGGAAAUUUUGUGAGAGAUCCAUGUUUCGUUGGUACAAAAAACUUGAAUUCGGGAUUUCUGACACACCUCACAUAAUUGCAAUCGACACACCUUUAAUACACUAUAUUGAUUUUGAUGUGAUAUAGCAAUAGGUAACAAAAUACACAAAUAUAUAUUAUUUAUUUUAAUUUUUAGUGAAAAUGUCGAGAGAAAAAAAUCCACAACCCAUGGCUCACAAUUCUCUGUCCUCUGCUCCACUCUCUAAUUGCUAGCACCUGCCGGUGGAACCUCAUCCACUUUCAAACUUUUACGUUAACGCCUGUCGCCAACGUUCCUGCUUUCCAUUUUAUGAUAUGGAGUUAAUCAAGAGCGAACUUCAAAAUCAGUUUUAUGAAUGAAUUUUUACUUUUGUACGUCGAAAAAAGUUUGAUCACACCAUAAGCGACAAAUAUAUUUUACAAACCUUUCUGAAUAUGAAAAGUUGUCGUGUGUCACUGUGAAAAAUAAUAAAUUACGACCUUAAUGAAUUAAUAUUUUAUUU